CAAGAUCACAACAAUAAAAGCGAAUUUGUGUCACGGUGUAAAUAGGUAAACUUCAGAUUUAAAACCAAUUACCAAAUUCUAUGUCCGCCAAUAAAAAAAAAAUGAGUUUCCAGGUUUCCAUCUGAAUGUGGGAUGUCUGGCAACCCUGGUGCAUGAGCGACAGUGCUACAGUCUAACCAGCGUUACCACUCAACGAUCAACGAUUGUACAGGUACCGGGUAGGGAUACGGAAAACAGAGUAAUCAAAGUAAUCAUUUCGUGCUCGGAUUGGUACUCGUUACUUCGGGUAUCUAUGAGUAACGAGUACUCGAGUUUCGUAUGAUUACUCUUUCAACACCACUAGUUGUCACCCCAGCUGUCAAACCGAUGCGUCAUGAGUCAGUCGCUGAAAAUUUCUCCUAGGGAAUUUUAAUAAAUUUUAGUGUAUGUGUUUUGUGAAAUUUAGUAAUAACAUGAGUAAAUAUUGGUGAGAUGUGUAGUUUAUUUAUUGUGUUAUCAUAUGGGCUUGGCUGAGAGCUAACAGAUGUAUCAAACAGCUAUAUUCUUCCGACAAUGAUGUGAAUACCACAACGAACACCAUGGUUGAAAUGAUAGUAGAAUACGACUACACUGCCAAAGAGCCUGACGAGCUCACCAUCAAAAAGGGCGACAUUAUAAAAGAUGUUGUGAAGAAGCAGGGAGGCUGGUGGCAAGGAGUGCUUAAAGACAAGAAGGGCAUGUUCCCAGAUAACUUUGUCAGGCCUAUGGACUCCUCCUCUGUAGUGAUGCGAAACAAAAAAGACGUGUCGCGAAUUAGACAAUGCAGGGUGAUCUUCUCCUACAGUCCUGAUCAUGAAGAUGAGUUGAGCCUGAAUGUAGGUGACAUCAUCGAUAUUAUUGGUGAGGAAGAGGAGGGAUGGUGGAGAGGUACGUUGAAUGGAAAGGAAGGCGUUUUUCCAUCCAACUUUGUGGAAGAAAUUGUGCCACAACCUAAGCCUAGCACAAGGGAAGAUUUGAAUAGUAUUAAUCAUAGUUCUAGUGAUGAGAAAGUUCCAAAAUUACCCCAUAAACCUGCCAAGCAAUUCUGUGAAGUUAAGUAUCCCUACAAGGCACAAAAUGAUGAUGAGUUAACCCUGAAAGAAGGCGAUAUAGUUACAUUAGUAAGUAAAGAAAGUCAGGACCCCGGUUGGUGGCGAGGUGAACUAAAUGGUAAAGUCGGAGUGUUUCCUGAUAAUUUUGUGAUCCUACUGCCUGGACUAGAUGGAGUUAAAGAAGAUAAAAAAUCGCCUAGAAUAGUCACAGAAACAGGUGCCAUCAAGCCUAGCUCUAUAGCCUCACAACGUAAAUCACUGGAAGUGAAAUCGCCUGCCAUCGAUGCCAAGCCAUCUCCAGAGCCUAAGCCAGACCUCAGCCCUUCUAGUACUAGCGUAAAAACUCCGCCUGUGCCAAGCAAAAAGCCUCUAGUUUCACUUAAGAAGUCUCCCUCUGGCAGCUCCGGAAGUUCGGGAAUUUUUUCGGAAAUCCGGAGAAAGGUUGGGAAGUUGGCUGAUGCUGUGGAUGGAGCUGCAAGUAGUAAAAGUUCAAAAGCGUCCGCGGAAAAGGAAGAGGGUAAAGACGAUAAUGCUUUUGAUCAAGUGGAGCGCAAACAGUUACUUACAGACGUUAGAGCUACCAGAGUCAAAGCACCAGGACGUCGUCCGCCGUCGUCCUUCCACAAGGAGGAGGAAUCGUCAAUACCAAACGGCAAUGCAGAACAUUUGCUUGACUCCACGGAAUCUCAUCAUACUUCCGAAUCCGAAGGGGAAAAAUCACGACUGAAGGACUGGGAGCGGGGAAGUUCCUCUAUAGACAAUGCUGAUGGGGAAAAACCUAAGCUGCGCGAAUGGGAGAAGCAUAAAGCGCCAUGGUUAGAAGAAAUGAAACUAAACCAGGCCAAAAGGAGCUCCACGUCGCCUGGGAGGGAAGCGUCAGCUUUGCGGCUUACCCCAGCCGAAGCACCUGCUGCUGCCCUGCCCGUCGAGGAAGCUAAGACUUCUGUUGGUGAAAAGGAGCACGUUGAAAGCCCCUCAAAAUCGACAUCCCCGACGGACUCGACCGCUUCAGUCUCUCACCCAACCACGCCACCGUUCGUCCCGUUGCACUUGAAACCGAAGACUUCGCCGCAAGCUGAGGCCGCCGUUCGUACGAAGACUCCUCACAGCGUGACCGCAGCGCACAGGCACUCGACCGGAUCCCCUGUAUCUGCCGCGGCGGGCAAGGAUGCGCCCAAGGAGCAGCCUGUUCGCCUACAGAAGGAGCCUAAGCCGUUGGCCCCAUCGCCGCCCAAGGCGCUGCCCUUUAACGCGAUUCCGUCGAACGCACCAGCACAGAAACAGGAAAGCGAUCCAGACUCGCCAGCAGCUAUCACCGGCCGCCAGUACGCAGACCUGCUGGACAGGCUGCAAAGGCUCGAGCAGACAGUGGAGAAGCAAGCGCAAGCGAUCGAAGAGCUGCGCUACAAGCUGCAGGUGGAGACGGAUAUGCGCAUGAUGCUACAGGAGAGGGUGUCACAGGACGUGAACGUGUGAUGGCUUGCACGACGGUGUUUGCUUUCCGAAUGGAGGUACAAUCUUUUGUUUAGCGGCGAUGAACGGAUGUACAGGGUCGUGGUUCAUGAAUAACUCAAAACCUAGGAGUCAGAUUCAUAGAUAGAGAGCUUCCUUGAGGCGUGAGAAUUCUUUGGAAUCGUGAGCGUCCUUUGUAAUAUUUUCCAUAAAAGUAUUAUUUGGUACCUGCAUCAAAUAGGACAAAAGAAAAGUUAACAUUGGAUACUGAUGAAAAAAACUAAAUUAUGGUUUAGUGUGAAUUUGCUUUAUACUGUCAUUGGUUAUUGAUCAAAUAUUAAUGUGAUUUUUGUGGAUGUCCAAUUGUAUGCUGUCCUAUAAACCCUAUUCAAUUUGCUAGCUGGUAAAACUGUCAUAGCAUUUAUUAAUAGUUGCUAUAUACUUAAGCAAGUGAUUGUAGCUCCAUUCAAGAAGCAGACAUAACACAUAUGAAUUCAUUUAAGCGGUGUAUAGUCCAGACCUUGUACUAGUAGCCGUUACGGCAAGUCGAUAAGAUUUUUUUACCUUUUAGCCUAAUUUUGUUAAAUUUAUAUUGUAUAAAUAAGCACAGAAAAGUUAUAAAACACAAGCAAACGGAUAUCAGCUUGGUAAUUUUAGCCUUUUUUCAAAAAUCUACAUAUAUUUACAAGUAUUUAUUUUGCAUUUUAACAAAUGUCAAUUCGUUUUUAGCUAUUUAUGAUAAAUAUAUUUUUAUACAUAUUGAAGGAAAAGCGGUAAGUGAUCGGGAAUGUUCCCUUAUUGAAAUAUUUGCUGUAACAGAAAAUGAGUGAGACUUGCAUUUUACUGAAAUGGUCUCACAAGUCACAAAUAUACAGAGGUUUAAAUAUGCUUAGAUAUGUCAUCCUUUACCAAACAUCAGUAUUGAUCCAACAAUAAAACAGUUACAUUUUUUUUUUAUAUUUGUACAAUGAUCUUGGAAAAAACAAUCUGAGAAUUUAAAAAAAUUGAAAUUUGGAGAAAAUUUGAAUUUGAAAAUUGGGGAAAUAUUUGAAAAAUUCGAAAAUAUGGAAAAUAAUUUGAAGAUUUGGGAUUUUGAUAGAAAUUUAGUAAUUUUGAAAAAAAUAGAAAUAUUAGAAUUUGGAAAUAAAUUUAGAUUUAUUGUAAAAUAUAUAAAAUAUACCAAAAAUCGACGCUUUUGAUUAUACUUUUGUUGAUUUGAAACUAAAAAUUCAUAAAAAAAUAGUUUUAAAAACUAAAAAACACGCUUCAAUAGCAAAUCGAACUAAAAAGUAGAAAAUAAUUUUCAAGUAUAGGAGAGUUUGUGAUACUGCAAUAGAAAGUCCGACAAUCAAGUAUGAUUAAUGAAUUUGGAAUAAUAAUAAUAAUAAUAUUUAUUUACUCUAAAAUACAGGGAACAUGAAACGAGUAAAUAAAUAUAAUAUAUCCAUAGGAGGACAACGCCUGUGCAUGGAUCAUAUGUAUGUUGAAUUGCAAAAUAUAAUAAAAUAGAGAGAAAAAAGAAAAUAUUGGUAAGAAUGGUAGAGCAUUUAUUGUGUAAUAUUUGAGAUUAUUUUAUUAAUUUGAUUUCUCCC